AUGGCCUCAAUCAGCACAGAUGGCAACUGCGGCUCAAAUUCAAAGACAAAUUCAACAUGUCUAGGCUCAACAUACGGUGACUGCUGCUCAGCAAAGGGUUAUUGCGGCGGUACUUCAGACUAUUGCGGUGGGGGAUGUCAAUCUGCCUUCGGAAACUCGACGGCCGGAGCGAUGAAUCCGACGAAAGCAUCAUCAACGACGGCUUCGGCUUCAACAUCGACUACAACAGGCACUGUUUCCGAAGAUGGGAACUGCGGUAGCAACUCCGCCGUUUUCGCGACGUGUCUCGGCAGUGAAUGGGGUAAUUGUUGCUCCAGUCAUGGAUUCUGUGGUGGAAAUAUCAGUUACUGCAGCGCGGGAUGUCAGUCAGAAUUCGGAAACUGUGGUCUCGCGGCGAUGACGACGAAUACAACCUCAAACUCGGAUUCAUCGAGUGGACAUCUUGGUGCAGGCGCAAUAGCAGGAAUAUCUGUUGGGUCCGCGAUUGGUGGAUUGGCAUUAGUUGCAGUACUGGUAUGGCUCGCCUUUUUUAGAACGAAGAAGAAGAUAAAGUAUUCAGUUCGGAUUGAGGAUGAACUCAAACCUUACCCGCCUUCCAAGCCCUUUGUUGACUCGCAUGAACUUGACGGGCAUGGUAAUUUGAAACAUGAGAUCGAUGGGAGAGGAGGUUAUGUUAGACAGGAAUUGGAUACGAGGAUGAUUUCGGAACUUCCAGCAGAGCCUGGUCAUAAAUAG